AUGCAUAUUCUAAUAUGUUUUGGUUUAUAUUAUUCAGUCAUCAAUACCUCCUCAAUAAACACCACGUCAAACGCAAGUACAGCUACAAACAACACAUCUUCCAACACAAGUUCAUCCACCAUGACAGCUACAAACAGCUCUUCCGCAAACUCAUCUUCAUCUUCAACCACUAACUCGUCUUCAACCCCAAAAACGUCCACAAACACCUCCUCAACAAACACGUCUUCAUCCCCAAGCAUGCCUACAAACACCUCAUCAACAAACACAUCUUCAACCCCAAAAACAUCUACAAACAGCUCAUCCACAAACACGUCUUCGUUCCCGAGCACAGCUACAAACAGUUCAUCUACAAACACAUCUUCUACCCCGAGCACAGCUACAAACAGCUCAUCGACAAACACAUCUUCAAAACCAAGUACAGCUACAAACAGCACAUCAACAAACACGUCUUCUACCCCGAGCACAUUUACAAACAGCACAUCAACAAACACGUCUUCAAAACCAAGCACAGCUACAAACAGCACAUCAACAAACACAUCUUCCACUCCGAGCACAGCUACAAACAGCUCCUCCACAAAUACGUCUUCUACCCCAAGUACAGCUACAAACAGCACAUCGACAAACACGUCUUCGACCCCGAGCACAGCGACAAACAGCUCAUCGACUAACACAUCUUCAAAACCAAGCACAGCUACAAACAGCACAUCGACAAACACAUCUUCUACCCCAAGCACAUCUACAAACAGCACAUCAACAAACACGUCUUCUACCCCAAGCACAUCUACAAACAGCUCAUCGACAAACACAUCUUCUACCCCGAGCACAUCUACAAACAGCUCAUCGACAAACACAUCUUCCACUCCAAGCACAUCUACAAACAGCUCAUCGACAAACACAUCUUCAAAACCAAGCACAUCUACAAACAGCUCAUCGACAAACACAUCUUCUACCCCGAGCACAGCUACAAACAGCUCAUCGACAAACACAUCUUUCACUCCGAGCACAGCUACAAACAGCUCAUCGACAAACACAUCUUCAAAACCAAGCACAUCUACAAACAGCUCAUCGACAAACACAUCUUCUACCCCGAGCACAGCUACAAACAGCUCAUCGACAAACACAUCUUCAAAACCAAGCACAUCUACAAACAGCUCAUCGACAAACACGUCUUCAUCCCCGAGCACAGGUACAAACAGCUCAUUGACAAACACAUCCUCAACCCCAAAAACAUCUACAAACACCUCUUCAACAAACACAACUUCAAACCAGAGCACCAACACAUCCUCGACCCCAAAAACAUCAACAAACAGCUCAUCGACCAACACAUCAUCAAAACCGAGCACAGCUACAAACAGCUCAUCAACAAACACGUCUUCAACCCCAACAACAUCUACAAACAGCUCAGUGACAAAUGCUCCUGCAGUAGCUACAGUAUUUAACAUGACCAUAAGCAUUAAUGAUACCUUUACUCCAGCUCUGGCCAACGCCAGCUCUCCGCAGUUUGCAUUAUUAGCUAGCGCUCUCAAAGAAAUGUUUGAACCAAUGUUAGGCAAAAUCUUCAACAACUUUGCUGGGAUUCAAAUUCUUGGAUUCUCGAAUGGUUCUAUUAUAGUUAACUUCAGCAUUGAAUUCAACAACAAUGACAUCAUCCCAACUAACAGCACUGUAAAAAUCAUACUUUUCAGUGCGAGUAUUGCCAAUACAAGCUUGAACAUUAUUCCAAAUUCUAUAAACGUCAUCCAGGUUUCUGUCAUGAAUACCUCUUCAAUAAACACAACGUCAACCGCAAGUACAGCUACAAACAACACAUCUUCCAACACAAGUUCAUCCACCAUGACAGCUACAAACAGCUCUUCCGCAAACUCAUCUUCAUCUUCAACCACUAACUCGUCUUCAACCCCAAAAACGUCCACAAACACCUCCUCAACAAACACGUCUUCAUCCCCAAGCAUGCCUACAAACACCUCAUCAACAAACACAUCUUCAACCCCAAAAACAUCUACAAACAGCUCAUCCACAAACACGUCUUCGUUCCCGAGCACAGCUACAAACAGUUCAUCUACAAACACAUCUUCUACCCCGAGCACAGCUACAAACAGCUCAUCGACAAACACAUCUUCAAAACCAAGUACAGCUACAAACGGCACAUCAACAAACACGUCUUCUACCCCAAGCACAUCUACAAACAGCACAUCGACAAACACGUCUUCAAAACCAAGUACAGCUACAAACAGCACAUCAACAAACACGUCUUCUACCCUGAGCACAUCUACAAACAGCUCAUCAACAAACACAUCUUCAAAACCAAGCACAGCUACAAACAGCACAUCAACAAACACAUCUUUCACUCCGAGCACAGCUACAAACAGCUCCUCCACAAAUACGUCUUCUACCCCAAGUACAGCUACAAACAGCACAUCGACAAACACGUCUUCGACCCCGAGCACAGCGACGAACAGCUCAUCGACAAACACAUCUUCAAAACCAAGCACAGCUACGAACAGCUCAUCGACAAACACAUCUUCUACCCCGAGCACAGCUACAAACAGCUCAUUGACAAACACAUCUUCAAAACCAAGCACAUCUACAAACAGCUCAUCGACAAACACAUCUUCUACCUCGAGCACAGCUACAAACAGCUCAUCGACAAACACAUCUUCUACCCCGAGCACAGCUUCAAACAGCUCAUCAACAAACACAUCUUCUACCCCGAGCACAGCUACAAACAGCUCAUCGACAAACACAUCUUCCACUCCAAGCACAGCUACAAACAGCUCAUCGACAAACACAUCUUCUACCCCGAGCACAGCUUCAAAUAGCACAUCUACAAACACAUCUUCUACUUCGAGCACAGCUUCAAACAGCACAACGACAAACACAUCUUCUACCCCGAGCACAUCUACAAACAGCUCAUCGACAAACACAUCUUCAAAACCAAGCACAUCUACAAACAGCUCAUCGACAAACACAUCUUCUACCCCGAGCACAUCUACAAACAGCUCAUCGACAAACACAUCUUCUACCCCGAGCACAUCUACAAACAGCUCAUCGACAAACACAUCUUCUACCCCGAGCACAGCUACAAACAGCUCAUCGACAAACACAUCUUCUACCCCGAGCACAGCUUUAAACAGCUCAUCGACAAACACAUCUUCUACCCCGAGCACAUCUACAAACAGCUCAUCGACAAACACAUCUUCUACCCCGAGCACAGCUUUAAACAGCUCAUCGACAAACACAUCUUCAAAACCAAGCACAUCUACAAAUAGCUCAUCGACAAACACAUCUUCUUCCCCGAGCACAGCUUUAAACAGCUCAUCGACAAACACAUCUUCUACCCCGAGCACAGCUACAAACAGCUCAUCGACAAACACAUCUUCUACCCCGAGCACAGCUACAAACAGCUCAUCGACAAACACAUCUUCUACCCCGAGCACAGCUACAAACAGCUCAUCGACAAACACAUCUUCAAAACCAAGCACAUCUACAAACAGCUCAUCGACAAACACAUCUUCUACCCUGAGCACAGCUUUAAACAGCCCAUCGACAAACACAUCUUCUACCCCGAGCACAGCUACAAACAGCUCAUCGACAAACACAUCUUCUACCUCGAGCACAUCUACAAACAGCACAUCGACAAACACGUCUUCUACCCCGAGCACAGCUUCAAACAGCACAUCGACAAACACGUCUUCUACCCUGAGCACAGCUUUAAACAGCUCAUCGACAAACACAUCUUCCACUCCAAGCACAGCGACAAACAGCUCAUCGACAAACACAUCUUCAAAACCAAGCACAUCUACAAACAGCUCAUCGACAAACACAUCUUCUACCCCGAGCACAGCUUCAAAUAGCACAUCUACAAACACAUCUUCUACCCCGAGCACAGCUUUAAACAGCUCAUCGACAAACACAUCUUCUACCCCGAGCACAGCUACAAACAGCACAUCACUUGCCAUGAUUCAUAAUUCCAUGAUCUGGAUGUCACUUUUAUCACUUCUACUUUCACUAGCAUUGCAUUUCUAGCUCUAGACCAGAAUCAUACACAAAGACCUGUAUAUAUGAUUCAUAUAAUUAGUCAUAAAAUAAAUAAAAUUUAGGGAAAUGUUUUAUUCUUAUAAACAAAUGUAUCUUUACAUAAGAAAUACCAACUUAUUUAGAUUCUUAUAAUAUUCUUCAGAUGCUUGUCUGUAAGGAAUUUUAUUUCACUUAUAUUUAAAUCCAUAUUUAAAUUGAUUG